AUGUCUGAUUCGAUUGCACAGCAGGAUGUGGCGGAGACAGAGCAUACAACUGAUCCUGUUGGAGUGGUAGAUACAGAGGAUGCUAAUCCAGAUAUGGAUUAUGAUUUGGUAGGGAUGUCAGUGUGUUCGGUUGAUGAAGCAUAUGACAUGUAUAAUGAUUAUGCCUUUAGAGUAGGUUUUAGCGUGAGGAGGGGUAAGCAAAGAUAUAGUUCUGCUACAAAAACAAUGAAAACGAAGAUGUUCCAUUGUUCGAAAGAUGGUUUUAAAAGGAGUACAGGAAAAGGGUGUUAUUCUAAAAUUGAUGGUCGUACAGGUUGUGGUGCAUUUGUCCAAUUCGAUUUACAUGAGAAUGGGAUGUGGAUUGUUUCGAAGCAUGAGAAGUUGCAUAAUCAUGAAUUGGUUCCACCAAGCAAGAGUUACCUUCUAAGGUCACAUAGGAUGGUGUCUAGGAAUCAUAUAUCAUAUCUUACUGAUUUGAAGAGCAGUGGUGUGUCUGUUGCAGAUGGUGUAAGAUUACUUAAAACACAAUCAGGGGGAUCACCACUUGUUGGGUUUACAAGUGGGGAUGCAUAUAAUUCUCUAUGUACCGAUGCAUUGAACAAAUUGGAUAGUACCGAUUCAAACACAUUGAUUGAAAUAUUCAAACGGAGGCAGUCAAGUGAAAGGGAUUUUUACUUUGAUUUUGAGGUGGAUUUGGAGUCAAGGUUGUGUAGUUUUUUUUGGAGGGAUGGAUGGAUGAGGAGAUACUAUGAUUUGUUCGGGGAUUUGCUAGUUCACGAUACAACAUAUCGUACUAACAAAUAUGACAUGAUUUGUGGACCUUUUGUUGGCAUGAAUAACCAUUGCAUGAAUGUUAUGUUUGGAUGCGGUUUUUUGAUGAAUGAGAAGAUUGAGUUAUUUGUAUGGUUGUUUAAGACAUUUUUGAGAUCUAUGGAUUACAAAAGUCCACAAAGCAUAAUGACUGAUCAAUGUGCUGCUAUGGCUGCUGCAAUUGUUCAAGUUUUUCCAAGUUCACGACAUCGGCUAUGUAUAUGGCAUAUUGACGAGAACUCAAAGAAGCACAUUAAAGGGGGUUAA